GCGGGAAAUUGAAACUCAAUCGAUUGCCGCCUGAUCGAACAUCAAAAUAACUUGUCCGUGGGAUCACUCAGUACCGGUGCCAAUGUCCAGAGAGCAGGAUGGAGAUUAAUGUUGGGGAUAUUCCGCAGUGUGAAGAGCAGCUGAAAACUACAUUGCACUGUGAUGACAAGGAGAAGCUUCGUAGGAAGUUGGCACUGUUACAGAGAGAGUAUCUCAGGACAGCCCAGAGACUACAGCGUGCUGAGCGUUCAGAAGCAGUACGGAGACAUGUGAGGAGCAGGAUUGAACAGCAGAACCACCAUGACCGAAUAGAGCGAGAGGUGAUAUCAGACCGCUCUGCCAGCCCACCUGUAGUGACAGUGAGCACCAGCAAAGGAGCAGCCACAGGUCCACCUCAGGAAAACAGCCAGGAAAGCAGUGGAAAUCACUCAGAUUCUGAGAACUCCAGGAGGAGCCAGGUGAUCAGGUUCCUGCUCCCCUCUGAUACUGCUUCCCCACAAACCCCAGAUCCCUGCAAUGACCCAGCAAAAGGCCACAGAUCCAGUCCUAACCUGCGCCUCAGGUCACAACGCAGCCGCCUGCGCUUGGAGAGGAGGAGUACUGCUGAGACAGGCAGGAGCUCGGACAACAGUGAGGAGGGACGGGAGCAGAGUGAAAAGAUGGAGCUGGAGACUGCUGGAACAGAAGGAGGUCAGGAUGGAGUUAAAACACUGGAAGUAGAGGCUGUGAAUGAAAGUGAGGAGCUGUUUUCUGGAGCAGAAUCUGAGUCUCCUUCUAUGGUGCUCACACACUGGAACACUUGUGGACAAACUGAAGCAGGAAACAUGGAGGGAAAGGAAGCAGAAGGGCAGCACUUACAAAAGGAGAAAGAGACAGAAAGGGAAAAAGAAUCAGCCUCUUUGCUGCCUCCAUGUCAGGAACCUGCUUUAGAUACUGAUGGAAGGGAACAAAAAGGUACACAAAGUGGAAAAUUUAAGGAAAAAGAAAGGGAUAGUGAUAGAAAAAAGACAGAUGGAGGGCUGUGUGAAGACAGCAGUAAAAAAGAUGGACUACAAAAUGCAAUGGAGAAUAAAAGUGAAAAAUGUCUUGAUAAAAUGCUGGAAAUUAAGGAAGAAAAAAGUGAGAGGGUUGGAGCAGAGCAGGAUGUCAAAGCUGUAAGUCUUCUUGACUCGUGCACCCUAGUGGAGGGACUACUUUUCCCAGCGGAGUACUAUGUCAGAACCACCAGACGAAUGUCAUCUUCACAGAGGCAGCCUGACAUGCAGGCUGUCAUACACACCCAGCUGGGCAGGGGGCGACCUCGCAGAAGCCGUGGCCGUGGCAGAGGGCUGAUCAAGCGCUCUAACAGCCAUGAAGGGUCGGCUGAACUCUCUCAGACAGAUUUCUCCUCACCAACAGCAGCAUCUCCAGCUGCAGGUCUGAGUAAAGAAUCACCUGCUGAGCUGAACACUCAGAGCUCCUGUGAGGUUUCAGACCAGGCGGUCUCCUCAGAGGGUCUCUGUACUCCUAAUGUCAGCACUACCCGUCCAGCAAGAGGGAGGAGGAGAAGAGGCAGAGGAAGAGGGAGACCUUCACGAUGCUCUCUUAGUUUAGACACAAACAGACUAGAUUCUGGGCACAUUAGAGGUGAUCUUCAGCUCACAAACUCCCCAGUGUCUGCUCCCGCAUCUCUCUGUAAAGCUUAUAGACCACAGCCCUGCCUCACUCCAGGAGAAACUGAUGUUAUAGUGCUGGACCCUCCGGAACCAGCCUUUACCAACAGCGCAGCUACAAAUCCACCUCCUGGAGGGGAUGGAGCUCUCUGUAGCUCUGCUUCAGGACAUCAGGAAAAGGUCUACCCCAUCUUUCUGAGGAGCAGCGGCAUCACAAGCAGACCUUCAGAGAUCAAUAGAAGUCCUGCAAACUGGAAAUCUCUCCUCCUGCCCUCCUCUUCACCGUCCCAAACUUCUCUACUCCCUCUUCCCUCUCUGUCUUCUUGCCCGCUGCUAAACAACCUGCUGAGCUUCGAUAUCCCUCAAGACUUCCAUCUCCCUGAUGACCAGUUUGCCUCCCUGAAGCUGCUCAAACUCCGCAGAGUCGCUGUGGAAUCCGCAGUUGAACAGUUUUUAUCCCCGCCCUGCAACACACCCAGGAGCAUCCAGCACAGUGAUGCACCCUGCAGCCCGGUGAUGGCUCAUCCACUCCCACUCAGUCUCACACCAAAGAUCAUGGAUUCACCUCAUCAGACUGAAGCAGAACAAGCUGCUACUCAAUCCAAAAACAUGUUAAUACAACAGCCUUUAAAUGAAGAGUCAUCCCUCCAACUAGAGUGUCAGACUCCCACCAUCUCAACCAAGUCUAUGUCUUUGGUACAAGAUUGUGUUGUUCAUUCUGUUGAUCAAUAUAAAGAGAAAGAAACUGUAAUUCUGAACACUCCUAGUCAGACAGACAGCAGCACAAACAGACUGGCUGACCAUCCUGUCAAAUCACAUCCUCAUAUUACCAUUGCAGAGAGUCCUGCGGGAAAAGUGAACAAUAAUGACCUUGUGCAGUCAGAUGAACUUCAGAUAAUCGAGUCAUCCAUCAUUUUAUUAGACGACCAGACAGAUUGUCCGGAUAAUGUGGAGAAUCAGAAGGCUACACAUCACCAGACAAAAGCAGAAGAUAGAUCCAUCAUCAAAACUCUUACAUUUGAUUCCCCUCGACUGAAAACCCCCAGGAAGCUUUCCAGAAAGUUAACAGCACGUAAUGAAUCUCCUCUGCAGCAUGGUAAUGUAAAAUCUCCUGCUCAAGACUCAAAAGAAUCCCCUGAACGCACCACAAGUCCUGCAAGAGUUCCCAGUGUCCAAACCCAGCUCCUGCUGAGCCCUCUUCUUGCAUCAGCACCUGGCCGUUUCAUCACCCCACAUCUUCCCCCAUCCUUCACCCCCACCAGCCCCAUGCUGCCAUCUUUAGGUCCCACCCCCCACCCUGUCCCUGCUUCCCUCCCUCUGACAUCCUCACCUUCAGCCCCAGCCCUCACCCUGCCUCCCCCACACAGCCCGUCCACCCAGAAUCUCUCCCCUCCCCCUCUAUCUCCCUGUUUGUCACCCGCUUUUUUCCCUCCCACUCAGCCCACAAACUCCUCCAGAGCUCAGAUCCAGGUUUCACAUGAGCCGUCACAGGGGGUCGAACCUGCCGCAUGCCUGCCUGUCUCAAAUAUCCAGGAUCAGAACUCAGGUGUGCUUGUUGGAGUGAGGAUAGAGGAGACAAAGGAGGAACAAACCAUGAGAUGUUUACACACACUAAAGGCCCCAGCAGGAGGCUGUCUGAUGGAUGCUUGCUGUCUGACCGGACCCUCAGGUGGUUUGUGUGUAGCGGCAGCAGGAAAGUGGGCGGUGUGUCUGUGGAGCCAAACUGCAGCUUCUGAUUGGAGCCUGACACAUACAUGGGCCUUCAAUGAGCCUGUGAUCAAUGUGUUUCCUGUCCCGGAUACUGCUGGCCUCAUUUGUGUGACUCUUGGUCAGCUGGAGAUCAGAGAAGUCAGGGUGCUGUGGGGCUCCAGCCUCUCUCAGGCCUUGCUCUAUGCGGGCCUCGUCCAGGCUGUGGUGUGUUUGUCGGGGUCCAGAGUGGUCACGUCCUCUCCCUCAGUGUGUGGCUCCACCCUGCAGGUGUUCACACUCUCAGACAGUGGAAGCUCAUGGAGUGCUCAGCCUCUGGCGCCCCCUGGUGUUUGUGUCGGGGCUCUCGCUCCAGUGAACGGACUCUCAGACGCUCUGAUUGGCACAGAUGAGGCUGGGCGUCUCUUUAUUUGGAAUUUAAAGACAGGACAGCUGCUGAACAGAAUCGCUCUCACAGACAGUUUAUCACAAACUGCCUGCCUCAGAGGAUUCUCCUACUGCGGAGUGUUAUUUGUCCUGCUGCAGCAUCACUUCCUCAGUUCCAUGGAGGAAGAAGAAAGAAACGACAAAGAAAAAGGUUCAGAGGAGGAGAAGAGGACUGUCCUGUUCUCUUUGGUUGCUGUAAACCCUCUGAAUGGAAAAUCUGUCCUGGCGACUCGGCUGUAUCCGCCCAAAGCGUGGUCCGGCAGGCUGUGUGAAGCCGACGCUAGCGGCUCCAGCGUGGUGGGCCUGAGUCAGAGCGGUUGUGUUUGUGUGUGGGAACUCGGACAUUGCGGAGGUUCAAGGAUGCUGUGGUGUCCCGAGAGAGAAGGCUGGCAGCUGGCUCGAUGGGGUGGAGGAGGCACGCUGCUGACUGGACAUCACAACGGAGAUGUUAGUUUACACUGCUGCAGCAUCAUCCAAGACUGUAUUAUCAAAUAAGAUAAAUGUUUACAUGAAGAUUUUAACACGGCUUCUGUUUAGAAACAUCUUUUAAAAUCUCUCUUUACAUUUAAACCUCAACGAUUCAUAAAGAGGGUCUGUGGCAUCUGUCAAGAUUUUUAUCUUCAUCUUAUCGUCAGCUUUCACUUCCAGGAGUGUUUCUCUUUUCUCUGGGCCAUCACACUGCUAAAAGAAAGACGUUUAUUUACUGUUAACUGGUUAUUUUUAAUCAUUCAGUUGAAAAAGUUCAAUCAUUUUUUACUGAAUUUGUGCUUAAAUGGUUUAAGAGCACAGCUGCUUUUGUGGAAAUGUCCACCUGAUGGUGGAUUUUCAGUUUUAGACUACUGUGACUGAAAACCACUGCUGUUUUAUCACUGCUGAUGUUUUGACUGUUUCCUACUGUGUUUGCAUGUAUUAUUUUUCAUGUAUUUAAAAAAAAAAGGUUUG